AUGCUCUUCUGCUUGGUCAGAAUGUUAGCAUUCCCGAAGAAGGAAGCUUUUUGCGUCGUUUGGAUUUCCUGUGUUUUCAUCUUUACACUGGUUCAGCGAGGAGCAGAAGCCUUUCAGUGUGGCAAUGGGGUCUCCUUACCUCCUGACAAUGUGUGUGACUUCACAGAUCAGUGUGGGGACAAGAGUGAUGAACAGCAAUGCUCAAAUUAUGAAAGAUGUGAUUUUGAGGAUGGGCUCUGCAGUAUGACACAAGAUCAGAGUCUGAGACUUGGUUGGAUCAAGAGAAAUGGGAUGACUGGUCUGUCAGCUCCAUUUUACGAUCACAAUGGUGAUAUGUCUGCGUACUUCCUCUCACUGGUCUCCAAAGUAAAUGCUACUUUCUCAAACUUAAGAAGCAGAGUUUUUCUUCCAACAAAUAACCAACAUGUUUGUCAGAUUACAUUUUAUUACUUCUCCAGCCAAGGGAGUGGCAAAUUAACGGCUGGUCUUCAAACUACAUGUGGCGGUCCUAUUCAUCAUUUGUGGCAAAACACAGUUGGGAGCCAAAAUCAGUGGGAGAGAAAUGUCAUCAAAAUCCAGAGUUCCCAGAGAUUUCAGGUUGUUUUUCAAGGGGAAAUGAUUUCAACUCAUGAGCGGGAUGGAGUCAUAGCUAUUGAUGACAUAUCUUUCAGUUCAGGCUGCUUGCCUGCAAAUGAUGAAAUUUUACCAUGUCAAGAAGCAUCGACUACUGAGCAGGAGUUAUGCCAUCCAGAUACAAGUCUCUGCAGAUUUGAUUCUACAGAUGAAGGAUUGAGGUUGUGUCAGCCCUGUGGAUUUGAUUUUGACAUGUGUGACUGGGCAUCAGAAGCAUCCGCUGGGCAAAUUUCUUGGAUGCGCAUGAAAGCAAGAGGAGUUCCUCUCUUAGAAUCUAUGCCUCAGCAGGAUCAAAGCGGUGAUGAUGAAGGUUCCUAUAUAUGGGUGGGGGCUCAGCAUGCUUCUGCUCUUAACCACUCAGACAACAGGGCUUAUCUAAAUAGCUCUGUGUAUCACUGCGUGGGCAAGAGCUGCCAUCUUCAAUUCUAUUACUCCAUGGAAAACAGUGUUCUGAGAGUAGGACUAUAUAAUAAUAAGGAAGAAGAAAUAUUUUGGACAUACAACACAUCAACUCACAGAAAAUGGGUGAAAGCAGAUGUGCUAAUACCAGAAGGACUGAAGACAUUUAAGGUUAUUUUUGAAGGGGCUCUUUUGAGCCAGAAAGGCUUUAUUGGGCUCGAUCAGCUCUGGGUCUAUGCCUGUGCACAGGCUCCAUCCAGAAAGCUUUGCUCUGCAGCUGAAUUCACUUGUGCCAGUGGCCAGUGCAUCGCCCAAGAGUCGGUCUGUGACUCUCGGCAGGACUGCUCUGAUGAGAGUGAUGAAGACCCAGUGACCUGCUCAAAUCGUCUCCUGUGUGACUUUGAGUCUGGUUUCUGUGGCUGGGAGCCAUUUCUCACAGGAGACUCAAGCUGGGAAUUCGUGAAGGGAUUGACCAGUGGAGAGAACCGUCUUCCUGAUGUUGACCACACAGCAAACACAAAUCAUGGAUCGUUUAUUUAUUUUGGGGCAUGUCAGUCACCUGCCGUGGCCAAGCUUGGAAGUCCUAUUCUUACAAAAUCGCUCACUGCCUCGACUCCGUGUCAGUUGCGGUUUUGGUAUCAUUUGUCUCAGCAUUCACAUCUCUCGGUUUUUACAAGAACACCACUGGAUGGGAAUUUGCAAAAGCAAGGUGAUCUAAUUGGAAUCUCGGAAUCUCAGUGGAGACAAGCAAAAAUCGACCUCUAUGCGAAGGCUGGGGAAUCUACUCUGCCUUUUCAGUUAAUUUUAGAAGCUACUGUUUUAUCAUCAAAUGCUACCGUCGCUCUAGAUGACAUCAGUAUAUCCCAAGAAUGUGAAAUUUCGCAUAAGUCACUUCCAGGUACCAGCGUACAAAACAAAGUUUCCAAAUGUGACUUUGAAGCAAAUAGCUGUGGUUGGUUUGAAGCAGUUAGUGGUGACGACUUUGACUGGACGUGGAGCUCUAGAAGUAACCUUCCUGCUGAGUUUGAGCAGCAGGCCCCACCUCAGGAUCACACCCACAACACAGCUCAAGGGCAUUUUAUGUUCAUUCUGAAGAAAAGCAGCAGCUUGUCACAAAUUGCUAAACUCCAGAGCCCAACUUUCAGCCAGACAGGUCCUGGAUGCACCUUUUCCUUCUGGUUCUAUAACUAUGGCCUGUCAGUGGGAGCAGCUGAGCUACUGCUACACAUGGAAAAUUCCAAUGAAUCCACAGUACUCUGGAGAGUAUUAUAUAACCAGGGAAACCAAUGGUCACAGGCAACUAUUCAGCUUGGGCGCCUUACUCAGCCCUUCCAUUUUUCACUAAGUAAAGUCAGUCUUGGCAUGUAUGGUGGGGUCUCAGCUAUUGAUGAUACCACAUUUGAAAAUUGUACUCUUCCCCUCCCUGUGGAGAGCUGCGAGGGGCCAGAUCAUUUCUGGUGUCCACACACCAAGGCUUGCAUAGAAAAGCUUCAAUUAUGCGAUCUGCUGGAUGAUUGUGGGGAUCGUGCUGAUGAGGUUGACUGUGUACAUGAACUACAAUGUAACUUUGAAAAUGGAGUUUGUAAUUGGGAGCAAGAUACAGAAGAUGACUUUGAUUGGACCAGGUACCAGGGUCCAACUCCAACACUUAAUACAGGGCCAAUGAAGGAUAAUACUUUGGGCACAGCUAAAGGACACUAUCUCUACAUAGAAUCUUCGGAGCCACAGGUUUUCCAAAACAGAGCUGCUUUACUCAGCCCAAUUCUUAAUGCCACGAAUACAGAGGGCUGCACCUUCCGCUUGUAUUACCACAUGUUUGGAAAGCGCAUUUAUAGGCUGGCCAUCUACCAGCGAAUCUGGAGUAACACAAGGGGACAGCUGCUAUGGGAGAUAUUUGGAAACCAAGGCAACAGGUGGAUAAGGAAACACCUCAACAUUUCCAGCAGGCAGCCUUUUCAGAUUUUGGUGGAGGCUUCAGUGGGAGAUGGCUUCACUGGAGACAUUGCAAUUGAUGAUUUGUCAUUUAUGAACUGUGCCCUCUACCCUGGUAAUUUGCCAGUGGACCUCCCAACUCCAUCAGAAACUUCAGUUCCAGUAACAUUACCUCCACACAACUGUACAGACAAUGAAUUUGUUUGCAGGCCCAGUGGUCACUGUGUUGAAAAAGUCCAGAAAUGUGAUUUUAGAUAUGACUGCCCUGACAAAUCCGAUGAGUCAUCCUGUGCUAUGGAAGUUUGCAGCUUUGAAAAAGGAAGCCUGUGUAAAUGGUAUCAGCCAAUUCCAGAAAAUUUAAUUCAAGAUUCAAACACAUUCAGGUGGGGCCUUGGUAACGGAACCAGUAUUCAUCACGGGGAAGAAAGCCACAGGCCAUCCAUGGAUCAUACAACAAAUGCUACAGAUGGCUGGUACCUGUAUGCUGAUAGCUCAAAUGGAAAAUUUGGUGACAUAGCUGACAUCCUCACUCCUGUUAUUGCACGCACGGGACCAAAAUGUACCCUGGUAUUCUGGGUUCAUAUGAAUGGUGCCACAGUUGGUUCUCUCCAGGUACUCAGCAAGAAAGACAAUGCUACUUCUAAAUUGUGGGCUCAAACUGGACAGCAAGGUGCACAGUGGAAAAAAGUAGAAGUGUUUUUAGGCGUUCAUUCAUUUAUACAGAUUGUCUUCAGGGCAAAACGCGGUAUUAGUUACAUGGGAGACGUAGCAGUGGAUGAUAUUUCCUUUCAAGAUUGUUCCCCGCUCCUUAGCCCAGACAGAGAGUGUACUGCUCAAGAAUUCACGUGUGCUAACAAGCACUGCAUUGCAAAGGACAAGCUGUGUGAUUUUGUGAAUGAUUGUGCUGAUAAUUCAGAUGAGUCAACUUUCAUUUGCAGUACCUCCAGUGGGCGCUGUGAUUUUGAAUUUGAUCUUUGCUCCUGGGAGCAGGAGCAGGAUGAUGACUUUGACUGGAAUCUGAAAGCCAGCAGCAUCCCUGCUGUAGGCACGGAGCCAGCUGCUGAUCACACCUUGCGAAAUUCGUCUGGUCAUUACAUCUUUAUAAAGAGCUUGUUCCCUCAGCAGCCCAUGAGAACAGCCAGAAUUUCAAGCCCAGUUAUAAGUAGAAGAAGCAAAAACUGCAAGAUAAUUUUUCAUUAUCACAUGUACGGAAAUAGCACUAGGGCACUCGCCUUGGUCCAGGUAUCAGUCUCAAACCAAACGAAGGUCCUACUGAACCUCACUGUAGAACAAGGCAAUUUCUGGCAUCGGAAAGAAGUAUCACUGUCUAGUGAUGAGGACUUCCAACUCAAAUUGGAAGGGAGAGUCGGGAAAGGCCACGAUGGGGAUAUCGCGCUUGAUGACAUUGUGCUUACCAAGAGUUGUCUACCAUCCCAUCACUCCUCGAAAGAAGAACUGGCAGUGCCUCUUCCAACAGCUUACUGCCCGCAUGGCUAUCAGGAAUGUCAGAAUGGCAAAUGUUAUAAACAGGAGCAAAGCUGUAAUUUUGUGGAUGACUGUGGAGAUUACACUGAUGAAAACGAAUGUGGUGGCUCCUGCACAUUUGAGAAAGGCUGGUGUGGCUGGCAAAACUCCCUGGCUGAAAACUUUGAUUGGGUUUUGGGGGUUGGCUCGCAUCAAAGCCUAAGACCUCCCAGAGACCACACACUUGGAAAUGAAAAUGGGCACUUCUUGUAUCUGGAAGCUACUCCAGUGGGCCUCCGGGGUGAAGAAGCACACCUCAAGAGUGCUGUGUGGCAAGAAUCCAGCACUGCCUGCACCUUGAGCUUCUGGUAUUUCAUAUCUACAAAAGCCACAGGGUCCAUUCAGAUUCUUAUUAAGACAGAGAAAGGGCUAUCAAAAGUAUGGCAAGAAAGCGAGCAGACCUCUGGUGAUCAUUGGCAAAAGGCUGUCAUCCUGCUGGGAAAGUUAAGGAAUUUUGAAGUUAUAUUUCAAGGUAUCAGAACAAGGGAUCUAGGAGGAGGAGCUGCAAUUGAUGACAUUGAAUUUAAAAAUUGCAAGACUGUGGGAGAGACUUCUGAGAUUUGCCCAGAAGCCACUGAUUUCUUGUGUGACAACAAAAAGUGCAUUGCAUCCCAGCUUGUCUGUGACUACAAACCAGACUGCUCUGACAGGUCUGAUGAAGCUCACUGUGGCCAGUAUACAAGCACAACAGGAAGCUGCAAUUUUGAAACAACUACAGGAAACUGGACCACAGCCUGUAAUCUUACUCAAGACUCGCAAGAUGACUUAGACUGGGCCAUUGGCAGCAGAAUUCCUACUGAAGCAUUGAGUGCAGACUCUGAUCACACACCAGGUAGCGGCAGGCAUUUCCUCUAUGUCAACUCAUCUGGCCCCAAAGAAGGAUUCACGGCAAGAGUCACUACUUCCCAAUCCUUCCCAGCGAGCCUUGGAAUGUGUACUGUCCGCUUCUGGUUCUACAUGGUCGAUCCCAGGAGUUUGGGGAUAUUAAAGGUGUAUAUCAUUGAGGAAUCUGGACUAAACAUCCUGGAAUGGUCAGUGAUUGGCAAUAAAAGAACUGGUUGGAUGUACGGAUAUGCGCCUCUCUCCAGUAACAGUCCAUUUAAGGUGGCAUUUGAAGCUGAUUUGAGCGGAAAUGAGGACAUCUUUAUUGCCCUUGAUGAUAUCUCUUUUACCCCAGGAUGUGUAUUUGGAGGUCCUGUCACCACACAGCCGUCACCUUGUGAAGCUGAUCAAUUUUCUUGUGUCUACACACUCCAGUGUGUCCCUCUCUCCAGGAAAUGUAAUGGACAGGAAGAUUGCAUAGAUGGAUCUGAUGAGAUGGAUUGUUCUCUCAGCCCCCCAUCUCAGCUCUGUGGGAAAAUGGAAUUCCAGUGCUCUACCAACGAGUGUAUCCCAUCCCUCCUGCUAUGUGAUGGAGUGCCUGACUGUCACUUUAAUGAAGAUGAAUCCAGCUGCUCCAAUGAGAGCUGUUCUAAUGGAGCUUUGAUGUGCCCCUCUUCCAAUAGCUGUAUCCCAGCUCACUGGCGUUGUGAUGGUUUUGCUGACUGCAUGGAUUUCCAACUUGAUGAGUCCAGCUGCUCAGAGUGUCCAAUAAAUUACUGCAGAAAUGGUGGGGCUUGUGUAGUGAAGAAAAAUGGUCCUAUGUGUCGAUGUGGACAAGGAUGGAAAGGAAAUAGAUGCCACAUCAAGGUUAACCCUCCUACUGCAGGUUUUCCGUACGUUCAGAAUGAUAUAUGGACUCUCCUGGGGAUUGGGUUAGCUUUCCUGAUGGCUCAUAUUACAGUCUCGGUCUUGUGUUUUCUUGCAAACAGAAAAGUGCCAGGAAGGAAAACUAAAGGAAGUGUCAACUCUGCAUUUGUUAAUCCAGUUUAUGCGAAUUGGAGCAACCCAGAGAAAACAGAGAGUUCUGUAUACUCCUUCUCAAAUCCGUCAUAUGGCACAACAUCAGGAAGGCUGGAGACCAUAUCUAAUCAUCUCAAAUAGUACCCUCAA